UACUGCUACGGUUUACCGGAUGUUUUAUAGAUCAGCGCGGUGCUCUAGCGCUUCACAUUCAUUUAAACGCACAGACGCUGAAUCAUGGCCUGCACACUUAUGAACAUGACGCCGAUUUUAAUGAGUUUUAUUUAUUUUGUUCUGUUAUUUACCGGGAUUCGCUGUGACAAUGAUACAGAUGAGGACGAGCACGCCAAACACACGUACACAGUGGAUAUGUUUAAUAAUGCGGUGUCAACAGCUCCACAUUUCGUCAUGUUCUUCGCACCCUGGUGUGGUCAUUGUCAGAGACUUCAGGGGACGUGGAAUGAGCUCGGAGAUAAAUACAACAAUAUGGAUUCUCCUCCAGUAUAUGUUGUCAAAGUCGACUGCACCAAAGACACCAAGUUCUGCUCCAGUGAACAUGGCAUCCGUGGAUAUCCCACUCUGAAGCUGUUUCGACCCGAGCAGGAGUCUGUGAAAUAUCAGGGUCCUAGAGACUUACAGUCACUGGAGAGCUGGAUGCUGAAAACAAUACAGGAUGAACCUGAAGAACCUCAGAGUGAACCUGAGCCCCCCAAAGUCCCUGAACCCAAACAGGGCCUGUAUGACCUCACAGCCACAAACUUCAAAUCACACAUAUCUAAAGGGUCUCACUUUGUGAAGUUUUAUGCACCUUGGUGCGGUCACUGCAAAGCAAUGGCUCCUACAUGGGAACAGCUCGCCACCAGUUUUGAGCACUCGGACAAUGUCAAAAUCAGCAAGGUGGAUUGCACACAGCACUAUGAGGUGUGUUCAGAUAAUCAGGUGCGCGGUUACCCCACACUUUUGUUCUUCACUGAUGGAGAGAAGGUCGAUCAGUACAGAGGAAAGCGUGACCUGGACUCAUUUAAAGAGUUUGUGGAUAAUCACGUGACCGCUGCAGCAUCUAAAGAUGAACCUGCGGCAGAAGAUGAGCACGAUCAUGAAAUCCCUUCCGACGCUGAGCCAGAGAAACAAGAGUCUAAUGUCCUGAUUCUGACUGAAAGCAACUUUGAUGAGACUGUUGCCAAAGGUCUGACCUUCAUCAAGUUUUAUGCCCCAUGGUGUGGUCACUGUAAGAAUCUGGCCCCUACCUGGGAGGAUCUGUCCAAGAAAGAGUUUCCCGGUCUGACUGAUGUGAAGGUUGCUAAAGUGGACUGUACCCUGGAGCGAACGCUGUGCAACAGAUUCUCAGUGCGCGGAUACCCAACGCUUCUGAUGUUCCAGGCAGGGCAGCAGGGGGAGGAGCAUAAUGGGGGCCGGGACAUGGAGAGCCUUCACAGAUUUGUCAUGAAGCAGGCCAGAGAUGAGCUUUAGCUUUGCUGUCAUUAUCCAUCUUACUUUUUCAUCUUUAAUUUCUCUACACAAGUCAAACCUCUCUACAUGAAACAUACUGUUAAAUGAUCUGCUUUUCUUCAUUGUCCCAUACCUGAUGGGAGGAUAUUUACAUGUGAAUGUGAACGUACACUAUUUCAUUUUGAUAAUGGACCAUUAGGUGAAAUUAUUGAUUUGAUAAUUCCACUCAUAGUUUUGUCUUUCCUACUUUUAAAGAAAACAGCUGCAGCUUAAGAAAGUGAGACCGUUCCAUCAGCCAUUGAAGAUGCAUAUCAAAUUCAGCUCAGGGACACCACUUACAAUUUAAAGAGGAGCUCAACAUAUUCUUGUUCUUUCUGUAAUCUUACAGUUGGUUUGUUGGUCUUGCCUGGUUUCACAAUGUUAAGUUGGUGUUAAGGUGGUUGACCAGAUAGUCUUUCAGCUUAACCAACUGGCAAGUGCCCCAAAUCCUGUAAAACCAUCAAACCAAGCCAAUCUAACCAGUUUUGUGGCCGGCCUAGACCAGCAAACCACCUCAGAUAGGUUUAGGCAGUUUUUCUUUCAGCAGGAAUGACACUACUUGACUAAUGCUUUUAGAAAGUAGAAGAAAUCAAAUCAUAAAGGUUUUUUGAAGGCAUAUAAAUGGUUAUAAGUUAGGGUAGAUAGCUAGUGAAAGAUCAAAACGGUUAUGGUACAAUGAAAUCUGUUUUUCAUCGUUUGUUCUGCACAUGUGGGUUUUUAUUUUGCCCUUGAUGCAUUUAUGAUGUACAUCAUGUUGUUUUUGAUUAGUUUUUGCCCUUUAAGGUUUGUAGCCCAGAUUUAUUUUUCUCAGAUUUGUAUCAAUAAUUCAGUCGGGGACAUUUUAAUGCUACUUUUGAACGGAUUAAAGCACUUGAUAUUUUGAGAUUACACCAGCUCUGCCUGGAUGCCAAUGCUUAAAAAUACUGAUGUUCUUAAAUGGUUGGUUUUGAGUAGUUUUAUUGAGUUCAACAAAUGCGUUUUUCCUUUUCAAAUAUUCCCACACUGGAAUGUUUAUUUUUCUCUUUUACUGGAUCUGAAAGCGAGGGAAGGAAGAAGUAAUCAGUCGAAACCACAUAUAUUCAGUGAAAUGUUUAUGGGAGGCAUAUGGUCAAAGGAGACCUCAGUGAAAAUGGCAGUAUUUUUGUCCUGUUUAAAGAGGGUGUACACACACUGCCUUUGGGGGGGUUUGUAUAAAAAGGCACAUUGCAAAAAAUUUAAUAAAAUGUCUUUUUUUCAAAAA